AUGGCCGAGGAGGACCCCCAGCAGCAGCCGGACCGCGGGGCGAGGAGCCUGCCCGGCCUGCUCCCCGGGCUGCAGGGCGCUGAGGCCAGCGCUCUGCAGCUCAGGAUCAAGAACUCCAUCUGCAAAUCUGUUCAAUCAAAAGUGGAAAACAUUCUGCAAGAUGUCGAGAAGUUCUCCGACAUUGAAAAGCUCUACCUCUACCUUAAGUUGCCUUCUGGUCCCAGCAGUAACACUGAUAAAAGUGACCAGAGCGCCUUGUCUUCAAGCCGCACACAGCAGAUGCAUGCGUUCAGCUGGAUCCACAAUCAUUUAGAAGAGUACCCAGAGACCUCUCUUCCCAAGCAGGAGGUCUAUGAUGAAUACAAGAGCUUCUGUGACAAUCUUAACUACCACCCGCUGAGUGCUGCAGACUUUGGAAAAAUGAUGAAAAACGUCUUCCCGAACAUGAAGGCACGACGACUUGGCAUGAGAGGAAAAUCUAAAUAUUGCUAUAGUGGACUAAGGAAGAGACCCUUUGUUCACAUGCCAUCUUUACCCACUCUGGAUCUCCAUAAAACAGGGGAUGGACUCCAGUGUGAUGUCUUAGAGUCGGCGGGCCAGCUGAGUAGCAUAAAGGAGGAUGUGCGAUUUGCAGCCUGUGAUCUGGUGUGCGAGUGGGCUCAGAAGGUGCUGAAACGCCAGUUUGACGCUGUGGAAGACUUGGCUCGCUUCUUGAUCGACAGCCAUUACAUCAGCAACAAGUCUUUGGCAGCUCUCACUAUUACGACUGGCACAGCAACAGAGGCUAAUACUCCACAGUCGGUCUCAGCAUUCGUCCCCACUGCUGAGGCUGUCUCCUUCCAGCCUCAUGGGACCACGCUGUCCUCCCCUUCUGUCGACGCCAAGCAGCAGCUCCAGAGGAAGAUCCAGAGGAAACAACAAGAGCAGAAGCUGCAGUCUCCUUUACCUGGAGAGGGACAAACCAAGAGGGCAGAUGACGGUGUGCCAUGUGCUAGCCCCACCCCUCCGUCACCUCAGCCAACCAUAGGCAUCGUGGUCGCUGCUGUCCCGAGCCCCAUCACGGUACAGCGAGGCAGGCAGCUGAUGUCCCCCAGUCCAAUGGGAACAGUAGAGAACAAAGUGCUGCCCAUUAAUUUCCAAAUGGUGACCCAGCCUAUUCAGGCAGUGAAACAGAACCCCAAAACCCCGCAAAAUAUUCUAGCCAGUCCUGUGGGAGAGCGCAGUGCUCGGCAGCGCUACGCGCAAAUCCUGCCCAAGCCCUCAGCAACGACUGCUAUCACUUUGCACUCGCCCUCCACCAUGAUCAUUGGCAACAGUCCCAUUAAGACUGUGAUGACUACAUGUCACGUCAGCCCAGUCAGUUUGGUUAAGAUGACAGCCAUAUCGCUUGCACCCAACGGCAGCAAUACCACCGCUUCCCUCCCUGACACCGCUCUACGGCCGGCAUCUGCAGGCGUUAGCAGUUCUGCAGAAGACAUUAGAAACAAUCAGAGCACGAGGAGCACUUCUGCAGUCCCCAUUCUGACCCCGGUGGCCAGGCCAGGGCAGACUGCAAACGCCCAUGCCAUCGAUGUUGAAAUGGAAGUUGAAGCUAUACAUAAAAACAGCCAAAUGCAAAAUCCUUGCAGUCUAAUUUUGACUGAAGGAGCAAUGCCAAGUAGGUCUGGAGGGGCUGUACAGCGGGCUGCCAGCGUGCCCAUACCUCAGACUAGGGGCUUCCUGGGCCUGGAGGAAACAUCCAGCCCUAACUGCAACAGAAAAGCCUCCUCAAGCACUAACACUGUGGCAGCAGGCGAAAGCAGCAAUAAUAGCUCUAAUAAUACAAACAAUUUGCACUUAACUCCCUCCACUCAGAGAACCAGUGCUGUUUCGUUGCUGAAAACCGGCAGAACACCUUCAUUUGGGGAAGGCAGCAGUGUAACAUCAGCAAAGGAAGGUUUCUUGUCCAUGAAGAGCCUCAGGAAACGCUCAGGCCUCAGUCCAGAUCUUUCACCAGUCAAAAGGGUAUUUAUGCCCCAGCAGGCAGUAGAGGGCGCUGCUGGUCUUGGAUAUGGGAUUAGAAACACAAUCGAUAACGUCCCCAGGCCAGGAGCUCCGGCUAGACCUGAAAGCGCACCAGCGACCAGGGAGGUAGAGACGAAAAUGAACUCAGUCUCUUCGACUCAAGUCCACGUACUCUGCACUUCCUCUUUCAGAGCCAGUGGCUUCUACUCUGUUGCCAAAACACAGAGCCCAAUGCAGAGGAAAAACACUUCCACUGUUAUGGAAACUAGCACCUCAGUCAGUCACGCAUUAAUACAGCAACAGCAGGGGCAGACAAUGGCUAAUGUGCAUGCCAUGCCUAAUAACUCCAGCCUUCAAAAACACCCAGGUGGGAGUGAUGUUAGGAGUUCAAACUCAGCCACAGGGGGCCUGGAAGGAGUUCAACAACAGAUCUACAAUCAGUCCAAUCCUGCCACUGAACCCUUAGACUUUUUCAAUCAGGCCUCAUCGAGCCAGUUCCCUAUGCAGACGGAUACGGACUACUUUCCCUUUGAUGAUGAUGUGACUCAGGACAGCAUUGUGGAGGAGCUGGUGCAGAUGGAAGAGCAGAUGAAGCUUAACAAUAUGCAGGAGUUUGGUGGCUGUGUCACACUGCAAGGUCAACAGGCUAUGAUACCAGACAACAUAAUGUCCACCAAUCAGACCGUGACAGCUUUCUAUCAUGCCGCAAGCAGCCACAGCAACCCAAUCAACGCCCAAACGCCGACACCCACUCCCACGCCCACAUCGGAAAUGAUGGGAGGAGCCCAAGGCCUCACUGGAGAGAGCCCCUGCUCCCACAUCGCCUCCACAACCCCAGUGGACAGCGCGCUGGGAAGCAGUCGUCACACCCCAGUUGGGACUCCACACUCCAACUGCAGCAGCAACGUGCCUCCCAGUCCAGUGGAGUGCAGGAACCCGUUUGCAUUUACACCCAUCAACUCCAGCAUCACUGGUUUCCAUGACGUCAGCACUGUGUCCAGCAGCCCCGUUAAGCCCAUGCAGAGACCGAUGGCCACCCACCCAGACAAGACCAGGCUGGAAUGGAUGAAUAACAGUUACAACAGCAGCAGUGGGAGCUUAAACAAGGCAAACAGUGGAAUGGGGAUCGUCCCCAGCUAUCAAGGCCUGAUAGGGGACCAUUUUCAGAAGCCUCACGCCUUCGCUGUCCCACAUGCACGACACCAUGACAGCCGUUUUGGCCGCUUGACCCCCAUCUCUCCUGUGCAGCAGCAGGUGGCCAGCAUGGCUAACAUGACCAAGCAGGAGGGUUUUGCCGUGCCUGCCCCUCUGGAUAUCAAAGCCACCAACGCACCUGCUGCAACUUCUCGAUGUCGCAGUGUAAGCCCCGCUGUGCAUCAGAGGAAUCUGAGUGGAAACACAGGAAACCUUCCCUAUAUCCCUCGUUCAGUAGUGUCUCCCUUUAACUCACCUGUGACGCCUGAGGUGUUAAACAUCUUUGCAAACAGCCAGACAAAUCUCGGGGUGAGCAGCAUGGCUCAGAGGAGCCAUUCUGUGCCGCUCAACAUCAUGAUGCAAACGGAGGCCCUGCCCACAUCGGGCCAACAAUGCAACAGCAAAAACAUCACCAAUGUCCUUCUGAGCAAGCUGGAUGGGGACCAUGAUGACACUGUGCGCGGCCUGGGCAUCAAUAAUUUACCCUCCAGCUACACUGCACGCAUGAACCUCACCCAGAUUCUUGAGUCCGACCCAAACCUCUCCUGCAGUGACAACCACCUCAGCCUGAUGACCUCUGACUCCACCAGCAUGUGCAAGUUGCAGAGGCCAAAUCCCCUCAUCGAAAAUGCUAUUAAUGAACAAAUGAUUCUCUCGGCAGGUGAUGGCCGAGCGCAGUCCGCCUCUGGAGAGCAACAUCGCCAACAGGUCCAGUCUAUGUUGCUAUCUUUGAGCUCACAGCAGCAUCAAGAAGAACUACAGCAGCAUCAGCAGUUGGACUUCAGCAGCACUGUGAAAGACCUCCUGACAGACAACAGCCUUACUGCUGGCAGUCAGCUCAUGGAGCAGGUGUCAGAGCUUACUGCAGGCGGGGCAGAUUUCCCCUGUGAAAUCAAAAUGACAUCGGAGCUCUCCAGCAGCAUCAAUGACCUUAAUGCUUUGGACACGAACCUUUUGUUUGACCCCAACCAGCAGCAAGGGCAAUAUCAAAAUGCAGCUGCUGAGGAGUUGGUGAACGAUCAGCUGUUUCAGCAAAUUACCAGCGAGGCGGCGCAUUCAAGUGGACUCGACUGGCUUGAAAGCAAAGAUCAUCCAACUGUUGGGCUGAUGGGUUGAGAAUAAUUUUUAGUCAUGUUGAACAUGUUAAUCUGUGGUUGCUGUUUGCUUUAUUUAUUUUCAGGCAUUUACACUUUAUAAUGCAACACUGGACACGUUGAGGUUUGUCCAGUUUAAGUGCCAGACUGAACUGCAAUGAUGCUGCAACACUCUGAUUAAAAUGCUGGUCAUUUCCCUUUAAUCAGAGAACAUCGCUAUGCGUUGUUUGUUCAAGAGCAUUUCCAACAAGUAAAGAAAAGUUAUGAAGCAAAAAGAGAA